CCCUCGACCCGCCUUCAUGAGCACCUCCCCCAUCGCCUCCAACAAGAAUAAAUACAACUCUUUACCCACUUUCUGUCCUCUGCUUCAUCCCGAUCAGCCGGACGUUUGUCACUUCAACUGUCGUCGCAGUUUGACAAUAAUCUCUCAAGAUGACUCAUCAGUUCCCAGGCCUGACUCCUGAGCAGAAGAAAGAGCUCUCUGACAUUGCUCAGAGAAUCGUGGCUCCAGGGAAGGGAAUCCUGGCUGCAGAUGAAUCCACAGGUACCAUGGCAAAGAGGCUGCAGAAAAUCAAUGUGGAAAACACAGAGGAGAACCGCCGCACCUUCCGGGAGAUCCUUUUUUCGUCCGACCCCUCCAUUUCUAACAGCAUCGGUGGGGUCAUCUUCUUCCACGAGACACUGUAUCAGAAGUCAGACAGUGGUAAACUCUUCCCCCAAGUUGUUAAGGAGAAGGGGAUGGUUGUUGGCAUCAAAGUUGACAAAGGAACAGCAGGUCUGAAUGGAACAGAUGGAGAGACCACCACUCAAGGUCUUGAUGGCCUCUCGGAGCGCUGUGCCCAGUACAAGAAGGACGGCUGUGACUUCGCUAAGUGGAGGUGUGUGCUCAAGAUCUCGCAUGGCUGCCCGUCGCCUCUUGCCAUUGCUGAGAACGCCAAUGUCCUUGCCAGAUACGCCAGCAUAUGCCAACAGAAUGGCCUGGUGCCCAUCGUGGAGCCUGAAAUCCUGCCUGACGGUGACCAUGACCUGCAGCGAUGCCAGUAUGCCACUGAGAAGGUCCUGGCUGCUGUCUACAAGGCCCUGAAUGACCACCACGUGUACCUGGAAGGCACUCUGCUGAAGCCCAACAUGGUCACAGCUGGACACUCCUGCACCAAGAAAUACACCCCUGAGGAUGUUGCUAUCGCAACAGUAACCACCCUGAGGCGCACUGUACCUGCUGCUGUGCCGGGCAUCUGCUUCCUCUCUGGAGGACAGAGCGAGGAGGAGGCCUCCCUGAACCUAAACGCCAUGAACCAAGUGCCCCUCCACCGCCCCUGGAAGCUGACCUUUUCUUAUGGCCGAGCACUCCAGGCCUCUGCACUAGCAGCCUGGUUGGGCAAGGAUGCCAACAGGAAAGCUGCGCAGGAUGCUUUCUGCUCCAGGGCCAAGAUCAAUGGCCUGGCGUCCAAAGGAGAGUACAAGCCUGCUACCCCAGCUAGCCAGGCGGCCAUGCAGUCCCUUUACACUGCCAGCUAUGUCUAUUAAAACUAUAAACACUAAAAAGUACAUAUGGACCAAAGGCUGAUGUUCAGUUUCCCUGCAUCACCAAUAAUAACAGAGGAUUUCCACCAUUAUGUCAAGCUACUGUUUGCCAACAUUCAUUAAAUCAAGGGUAAUAACCUGAAAAUACCAAAGA